UGUAUAUGUAUGUGUGUACAGUUGUGUAUACACAUUUUUUUUCUUAGCACUUAGAAUGUCGAACAAUUGUCAAAAUGUGCUGCCAUCGGCGACGCAAUAAGUGGAAGUCGCUUUGCUUUACGAAGAAUUAAAAUUCCAAUAAAUUUUGGAGUUGCUUUUUGCACAAAUGCAUGUGAAAAUAAUUAAAAACAUAAUUUAAUUUUAAAGUUUUAAUACAUCUUUAGAAUGCAAUGCGGAAGAGGUGCGGAAUAUAGAGGAGGUGGAGGAGAACGCGGAAGAAGUUCUGAAAAUAGAGGAGGAGACAGAGGUAGACGUGGCGGCGAUAAUGGUGGUGGUGGCGGCGGCGGCUAUCGUGGCAACUGCGAUGAUGGUGAUGGUGGUGGCAUCCGUGGCUGGCAACCUCGCGGCGGCGGUAGUGGCCAACGUGGUGAACAACGCAGUGGUGCAGAGCGUAGACCUGGCAUGUAUCGUGGUCGCGGUGAUGGACUUGGCAGUUAUCCUGCCUCUGAAUCAUCUAGUUUUGGUAGUUUGCCGUCAACAGCAAGUUGUGGAUCUUCUCAUCAGUCCGAUGUGUCCAUUUCCAGUGUUUUCAUGAUUCUCCCAGUGGUUCUCCCAGUUCAAACGUUCACCAAAGUCAUGAUAACACUGAGGCAGCAACUAUUGGUAUGCAGAUUAUGACAAUAAUUAUGAUUGUUCUUUCUAUGAUAUUUUAUAUUGUUUCUUUAUGUUGUUAUAUCCAUAUCUAUAGCUGCAAUUGACCAAAU